GGACUUCAGAGCGGAUCCUGCCCGGGCUUCGGAGUUCGGAGGCGGCGUGGGACGAGCCGGAGCCCCUAAACGGACUAGGUGUCAAGAUGCUGCGCCUACCUAGAACCAAACUGGGCAGGCUGGGGGGCCGCUUCUCCAAGGGCCUUCACCACAAAGCCGUGAUGGCCCUCAGGCGAGAGGAUGUAAACGCCUGGGAGAGGAGGGCCCCUCUGGCUCCCAAGCACAUCAAAGGCAUCACCAAUCUGGGAUACAAGGUCUUGAUACAGCCUUCAAAUCGGCGGGCCAUUCAUGAUAAGGAAUAUGUCAAAGCUGGUGGCAUUCUUCAGGAGGAUAUUUCUGAAGCUUGUCUAAUUGUGGGAGUUAAAAGGCCUCCAGAGGAAAAAUUAAUGUCCAGGAAGACUUAUGCAUUUUUCUCUCAUACAAUAAAGGCUCAGGAGGCCAAUAUGGGCUUGUUGGAUGAGAUUCUAAAAAAGGAAAUUCGACUUAUUGAUUAUGAGAAAAUGGUGGAUCAUAGAGGUGUACGGGUGGUGGCGUUUGGACAGUGGGCCGGGGUGGCAGGGAUGAUCAACAUUUUACACGGAAUGGGUUUAAGGCUCCUUGCUUUGGGACAUCACACACCUUUUAUGCACAUUGGUAUGGCUCAUAACUACAGGAACAGCAGUCAGGCUGUGCAAGCUGUCCGUGAUGCUGGUUAUGAAAUAUCUCUGGGUUUGAUGCCAAAGUCCAUAGGGCCCUUAACGUUUGUGUUCACAGGGACUGGUAAUGUAUCUAAGGGAGCCCAAGAGAUCUUUAAUGAGCUACCGUGUGAAUAUGUGGAGCCCCACGAAUUAAAAGAAGUUUCCCAAACCGGAGACCUCAGGAAAGUGUAUGGAACGGUGCUAAGUCGCCAUCAUCAUCUUGUCAGGAAAACAGAUGGCGUCUAUGAUCCUGUAGAGUAUGACAAAUAUCCUGAGCGCUACAUAAGUCGCUUUAACACUGACAUUGCACCCUAUACAACUUGUUUAAUUAAUGGAAUUUACUGGGAACAAAACACUCCUCGCCUGCUAACUCGCCAAGAUGCUCAGAGUCUCCUGGUCCCAGGAAAGUUCUCGGUUCCUGGUGUGGAAGGCUGCCCCACGUUACCGCACAAGCUUGUGGCAAUAUGUGACAUUUCAGCUGACACAGGAGGAUCUAUAGAGUUUAUGACUGAAUGCACGACCAUCGAGCGUCCCUUCUGCAUGUAUGACGCAGACCAGCAUAUUAUUCAUGACAGUGUCGAAGGCUCCGGGAUUCUGAUGUGUUCCAUUGACAAUCUGCCAGCACAGCUUCCAAUUGAAGCUACAGAGUAUUUUGGAGACAUGCUUUACCCUUAUGUUGAAGAAAUGAUAUUAUCAGACGCAACACAACCUCUGGAGAGUCAGAAUUUUUCUCCCGUGGUGCGAGAUGCAGUGAUUGCGUCCAACGGUGCGUUACCCGAUAAAUAUAAAUACAUCCAGAAACUCCGUGAGAGCAGGGAACGUUCUCAGUCGCAUUCAAUGGGGCCCAAGAAAAAGGUGUUGGUUCUUGGAUCUGGCUACGUGUCUGAGCCUGUAUUAGAGUACUUGUCAAGAGAUGGCGAUAUAGAAAUCACAGUUGGCUCUGACAUGAAGAAUCAAGUUGAACAGUUAAGCAAGAAAUAUAAUAUUAACCCCGUUCGCAUGGACAUUUGUAAACAAGAAGAGAAGCUGGGCUCCUUGGUGGCAACACAGGAUCUUGUCAUCAGCUUGUUGCCUUACGUUUUGCAUCCCCUUGUGGCCAAGGCGUGCAUCACAAGCAAAGUUAACAUGGUCACUGCAAGCUACAUCACACCAGCACUAAAAGAACUGGAAAAGAGCGUGGAAGAAGCUGGCAUCACAGUCAUUGGGGAACUGGGAUUAGACCCCGGUCUUGACCACAUGUUGGCAAUGGAAACAAUAGAUAAGGCCAAAGAAGUGGGAGCCACGGUUGAAUCUUACAUUUCCUACUGCGGUGGGCUUCCAGCCCCUGAACAUUCAGACAACCCUUUGAGAUACAAAUUUAGCUGGAGUCCAGUGGGAGUUUUGAUGAACGUGAUGCAGCCCGCUACCUAUCUGCUCAAUGGCCAGGUUAUUGAUGUUGCAGGGGGAGUCUCCUUCCUUGAUGCAGUCACUUCCAUGGAUUAUUUCCCAGGAUUAAACCUGGAAGGCUAUCCUAACAGGGACAGCACAAAGUACGCUGAGAUUUACGGCAUUCCAUCGGCUCACACUUUGUUGCGGGGGACACUGAGAUAUAAGGGAUAUGCCAAAGUUUUGAAUGGAUUUGUAAAACUGGGUCUGAUAAGCAAAGAAGCAUUUCCCACCCUUCGACCUGAGGCCAACCCUCGCACCUGGAAAGAACUCCUCUGUGACUUAGUUGGGAUUUCACCCACCUCCAAGCAUGAUGUGCUUAGGGAAGCUGUUCUCCAGAAACUAGGAGGGGACGUUACCCAGCUGGAGGCUGCUGAGUGGUUGGGCUUACUUGGGGAUGAACACGUCCCCCAGGCAGAGUCCAUUGUGGACGCCCUCUCCAAGCAUUUGGUCAUGAAACUUUCCUAUGGCCCUGAAGAAAAAGACAUGAUUGUGAUGAGAGACUGCUUUGGAAUCAGACAUCCUUCUGGACAUUUGGAAAGUAAAACUAUUGAUCUUGUGGUUUAUGGGGACGUCAAUGGCUUUUCAGCUAUGGCUAAAACAGUGGGGCUUCCCACUGCCAUGGCCGCCAAAAUGUUGCUUGACGGUGAAAUUGAAGCCAAAGGUUUGAUGGGUCCCUUUUCAAAGAAGAUCUACGGACCAAUAUUGGAGCGAAUUAAAGCAGAAGGCAUUAUAUAUACUACACAGAGCACUAUAAAAUCAUAACUGGGAAUUGUAUUUUGUUUUUAUCUUUCCAAACAACACAGCUCUGCACAUUUGUGUGACAAGCAUGCUUGUUAAUGUGUUAUUUUUAAAGUAUGAAGCAUAAUAUGUUUUGAUUAA